AAAAUUAUCAUUAUAUUGAAAGUUGCCCUGAUGUUGUUGGCUUAGCUAUUGCUGUAUUAUCAAUUAUGUUACUUGUGUUUUAACUCUGAAGUCUAAAUUGGGAUGUCAAAAACAUUAGUCAAGACAGAAUUAAGUAUUAUAAUUUAUUUACGAACUUAUAAGCCUUCAAAUUUAAGUCAGUUUGACGUCAACUAUUUAAAAAUAUCAAGAAUUCUAUCAAUACCUUAAAAACUUCAGUCUCAAGAAUUUGUAUAAAGAUAAUUUUAAAUCGGAAGAUUGUGUUAUCAGUUAUACAAUGCGUCAUUUACUAAGACACAUUUUUUCAACGAGCCAGUGUUAUUGCAAAUUGUAUUUUCCUGAGUUCAGAAUGUGCUUGCCUGCAGUACAUCCAUCCAACACGCCGCUGUUAUCUACACGCCUGUACAAAAAUAAACGAAUUGUAACGACUGUCUAUUUUGCUGAUGAUCGACUUUCUAAGCGCCAUAAGUUAAAAAACGCCAUUCGAGACAAACAAAUUAUUAUUAAAAAAACCAAGGAAAAAUUACAAACCAAAAGCAAAAUCAUAUUUGACGAUAUAAAAAUGACAAAAAUAAAUAUACACGAAACCAUAAAAGAAAAUGUCUGGACCAUACCGAACAUGCUAUGUAUGACACGGAUAGCUCUAAGUCCAUUUUUGGGUUACCUUAUUGUCAAUGAAUAUUUUGACUAUGCUCUAUGUUUUGUCUCCAUUGCUAGUAUAACUGACUGGAUUGACGGUUGGAUCGCUAGAAGCUUUGAAGGUCAAAAAUCAAAAUUAGGUAGCUUUUUAGACCCAAUGGCCGAUAAAGUACUUGUAGGCACUAUGUUUCUAACAUUAACUUACAUAGAUUUAAUACCAAUUCACCUGACUGGUCUAAUUAUUUUGAGAGAUUUAUUUUUGAUUGGGGCCGCUUUUCAUAUUCGCUAUAUAUCCAUACCAAAGCCUAUAACGUUCUACAAAUUUUUUGAUGUCACAAAUUCAAAUGUUCAGUUAGCACCAACAUUCAUUAGUAAAGUCAAUACUACAGUUCAGUUACUUAUGGUAUGUGCUACUCUCGCUGCUCCAGUGUUUGAUUUUGUCGAUCAUCCAACACUAAAAGCAUUAUGGUGGCUGACGACUGCUACUACCAUUUCAUCUGCAAUUAGUUAUAUAAUUCAUAGAAAAAAUACUUACAAAAUAUACAAUAAAUACAGAUGAUAGUUUGUCAACUUUUGUAUGUACCUAUUAUUAUGUUUCUUAUAAAUAGUAUUUAUUAUAGUACAAAAAUGAUAAGUUUUAUUGAUUACAUAAUAACACUCAAAAUACAUUUAGAUUUUAUGUGUCAUUUCAAUUCAUUAAUUUGUAUGCGUA